AUGGCGGUGGUCAAUACGACAGACGCCAAGGGAUUUCUUCAGAGUCCUUGUACCUCCUCUUCGGAUGGCCUCGAUGCUGGUAACCUCCACCUGUUCGAGGACUUCAAUGUUGGUGAUGAAGUCAUUCCAGUGGAUGUUAAGGAUGGUGCAGAGGCAGCAUUGAUGGAAGCGCUCAAGGAGAUGCAGGUGAUGCUGAUAGGUGACUCACGACUCGAAACAGUACAAGAGGGUACUCAGUACAACGGUGCUCUGUCUAAGAACGAAUACCAUAUCGAUGGUACUCCUUUUAGCUCUGAAGCCACACUGGCUCUCUGGAAGGAGUUCUUCUACAAUGGUGGGCAUCAAGCUGAAGGGCGCGCUGCAAGGGGACAAGGGCAGGCAGAGGGUGCGGGGCGCUGCUGUUGCUGCAGCGUCUUCCUAGCACAUCCCCAUUGCACCGUGGCCCCCCAGCAGCAGCCACCGUCGCCUGCGCCCGCCCCUGACAUGAAGCGUUACCUGUGGGCACGCUACAAGGAGGCCAAGAAAGUGACCAAGGAGUUGGUUCCUUCAAUUAUGAAUAACUUGCUGAAUCCGGAUGCUAUUUUUUCCAACAAUGAAAUGAGUCUGUCAGAUAUUGAAAUCUAUGGCUUUGAUUAUGACUACACAUUGGUUUUUUAUUCCAAACAUCUGCAUACUUUGAUUUAUAAUGCUGCCCGGGAUCUUCUCAUUAAUGAGCAUCGGUAUCCUGCAGAAAUAAGGAAGUAUGAUUAUGAUCCCAAUUUUGCAAUAAGAGGACUUCAUUAUGAUGUGCAUCGGGCAUUAUUGAUGAAGAUUGAUGCUUUUCACUAUAUUCAAUUGGGAACAGUGUACAGAGGACUCAGUGUUGUCCCAGAUGAAGAAGUCAUUGCAAUGUAUGAUGGUUCCCAUGUCCCCUUGGAACAAAUGAGUGACUUUUAUGGAAAGAGUUCACAUGGAAGCACAAUGAAACAGUUCAUGGAUAUAUUUUCAUUACCAGAGAUGACUCUCCUUUCUUGUGUGAAUGAAUAUUUUCUGAAGAACAACAUAGAUUACGAACCUGUUCAUUUGUACAAAGAUGUCAAGGAUUCAAUCAGAGAUGUCCACAUCAAAGGCAUAAUGUACCAAGCAAUUGAAGCAGAUAUUGAGAAGUACAUCUGCUAUGCUGAGCAGACCCGUGCAGUGUUAGGAAAGCUGGCUGAUCAUGGCAAGAAGAUGUUUCUCAUCACAAACAGUCCCAGUAGCUUUGUGGACAAAGGUAUGAAAUUUAUCGUUGGAAAGGAUUGGAGGGACCUCUUUGAUGUAGUCAUUGUACAGGCUGACAAGCCAAACUUCUUCAAUGAUAAAAGAAGACCUUUUCGGAAGGUGAAUGAAAGGGGAGUGUUGCUUUGGGACAAAAUUCAUAAAUUGCAGAAAGGCCAGAUUUACAAACAGGGUAACUUAUAUGAAUUUCUAAAGCUUACUGGAUGGAGGGGUUCCAAAGUUCUGUACUUUGGUGACCACAUUUAUAGUGAUCUAGCAGAUUUGACCCUGAAGCAUGGUUGGCGCACAGGUGCAAUUAUCCCUGAGUUACGAUCUGAGAUUAAAAUCAUGAACACAGAGCAGUACAUUCAAACCAUGACUUGGCUACAGACCCUGACUGGAUUAUUGGAACAUAUGCAGGUUCACCGAGAUCCAGAGUCACAGAUGAUUUUACAGGAAUGGAAAAAGGAAAGAAAAGAAAUGAGGGAAAUGACCAGAAACUUCUUCAAUUCGCAAUUUGGGAGCUUAUUCAGGACUGACCAGAAUCCAACCUAUUUCUUACGGCGCUUAUCUCGAUUUGCUGAUAUUUACAUGGCAUCUCUGAGCUGUCUCUUGAACUAUGAUCCCGAUUACACAUUUUAUCCAAGGAGGACUCCUUUGCAGCAUGAACUCCCUACCUGGUCAGACCAACUAUGCACUGGUACAUUCAGAAUACCCUUCCUGCAAGAGAUGGUUCAGAUCAAAUGAGCUUGGCAUGUAUGUGGGUUAUUUUAUAGCACCUGAAAUGGAUGAAUAUACCCAUCAGUAACAACCAGAAUGUAGAUUUAUUUUUAAGCACGUAAUACAUUUAUUUAUUUCGAUCCAGUUACUGGAGUUAUCUGUCCUGAUAGAGCAAGAAUUUGUGUAUAACUGGUCUCUUUCUCUUGAGGUAAUUCUGUGCCAAAACCCGAAAAGUUCUGCAAUCAAUAUUUUAAUAAUCAUAUUUUAUUUUUCAAAAUAACACCAUAUAAUCUCACCAAUUUCCAUCAUUUUGGUCAUUUAUUUCAAGAUACAGACAUUUUUGCUGACAAGUAACAAUACAGACACCAAAAGAGAUUCAGGAAAUGUUCUGUUUUGCCAAAUAGAUCCCUUACUAGGGCAUAUUUAAUAGAGAAUUCUGAAUAAUAAAUCAUUUCAACUACCAUGCAGAACAGCAUUUCCUGCACCCCUCUGAAGCAGUGCAAAAGCUUGGGGCAGGGCAGCUAGAGUACAGAGGAGCUGAGGGAGAAGAGCUGGGAAGGAGCCUGCAAGGGAACCUGGAAGGUUGUUGGGUAUGGGUGGGAGAAAUAUAGAACACUUAUUGUGGGGGCAGGAGGAGAAAGGGAGGGAUUGUUAGGGAGCUGAAGAGCCUCCCCCAUACAGACCCUUCCUGAUCAUAGUCCCUCCGGUUCAAUCAGACACAUCUGUCCCUAUAGGCCCCUGCACUCUCUUCCUGAUGUCCUGUCUCUGAAGCCAACCUCUCCCCCCCCAGCAACUCCUGUCUCUCCCAUCCCUUUGUAGCUUUUCAUACUUCUCCAUGACCAUGUGGUCAUGCACCCCCCUCUCCCAUUCAACCCCUGACUCUUUGCUGUCACCUCACUAACUCCUGUGCCUUUGCUGUAGUCUGUUCCCCUCACUAGCCCUUCUGAACCCUAGUCUGUGACCCCUCAGCAGCCCUAUGUACCUUCUUCUGUCCGUGUCAACCAUGUUGCUUGCUUCCUUACCUAGCCCCACAGGUAGGCACUGAGAAGGCAGCUUCUCCUCUCUCCUUCUCUGCAGCUGACUGCUCUGGCCCCUAAGCUGGCUGCCCUCUGGUUUAGUGCCACAGCAGCUCCUUGUGGGGAAAAAGGGGUAAUUGCAGUGCCUCUGCAGGAUAACCUAUUUUCAGGGGGGCUGGAGGGAGAGAAAUCUAUUGGGAACAUGAAUUCUGCUCAUGGCUGUGGUGCAGAAUUCCCCUGGGAGUAUCUGUGUAUAGAUAGUCUUUAAAAUAAUGAGACUUAGGCUUGUACAUAGAGGGAGGGAAAAAGACCUCAAACAAUUGGCUGGAAGGGAAAAUUAGUUUUUUCGUAUUGAAACUUGUAUCUGCAGCCUUGUGUUUUACGAAGAUACAGAAAAUAUGCAUCCUAUUUCUUCUGUUGGUCUGAUGGACCUCCAUCUGGUGACUCCAAAUGUAUCUUGAUGUGAUUAAAAUGUUUAUUUUUAUCAGGGAGAAACACAAUUAUCAGUGAGUUUACAGUGAUGUGGGGAGGGAGUAGAACAAAUAUAGUAACUUUCUGUGCUGGAGACUUGAGUUACAAUUAGGGUUGCCAGGUGCCCAGUAUUGACCUGGGCAAUCCGGUAUUUUUGCUUCCUGUCCAGUAAAAAAAAAUUCAGAAAAUACCAGACACCUAAAAUAUCCAGUAUUUUCU